UGUUGAGCUGAAUAUGGAACCACAGGAAGGAGGGGGCCUGAAGGAGCUGGUGCUUCGAUGGUUUACUGAGACACAGGCGCCGCUCGUCCAGCACAAUGGAAACUUCCCUGAUUGGUUUCAAGGCCUUGCUACAAGAAAGGAAGCAGAGGAUCUCCUGAGGGAUAAAAGUAUGGGCUGUUUUCUCAUUCGUCUCAGUGAUAAAGCCUUCGGCUACAUCCUGUCCUACAAGGGUAAUGACAGGUGCCGCCAUUUUGUUAUCACCCAAAAUCAAGACGGACAUUUUAUCAUAUCAGGAGACUCUCAGACAUACGGCAGUCUCACCGAGCUGAUCCAACACUACAAGCUCAGCGCCAUCCAGCCCUUUGGAGAAUAUCUGACCUCCAGCUGUAAUGAGGUGGACACAAAUGAACUGUAUGAUGUGGUGAACUAUAACACCAAACAGAUGUCUGGGGUGAGCGUGCAGGCACUGCGGACUCUGUGGGAUCAGAAAAGUGAUCAUCACAGCCAUGUGGGUACUAAUCAAAGGAUUCAGCAGCAAAAUGACCCUCCUGCAGUGCAGCCACCCAUACCACCGAAAUCCACAGCCAGAAGGCUGACGGGGACGGUGUCUGUGGAUGCAAUGUCUCUUUCCCAGGGUAUGCCUCCAGGACCAAAAAGAGGGAUUCCUCUAGGAUUUACCCUGAGUGGUUCCUUGCCUGAUACAACUUCACAUCCAAUGAAAUCCCAGAUGGACGCAUACAGAGCAGAUGGAAUCAUGGCAAACACAAAUUCAGCAGUAAUGUCUAACAAAGACUCGGUUGAUGCAACUGACACAAUGUACCCUGGUGAUCUUUUUCCUGGCAUCACAACCUCUCAGUCGACACAAGUAGAGAGCAGGAGCAAAUCCCUACCACAACUGGACAACAACACCACAGAAGAGGAGUACUCCAACCAGCUCAGCAGCCUGUCUCUGACAUCGCCUGUUCCAGGAAAGAGGGUUACCUGCCAAACCUAUUCCCUCCACGCACCCCAUGAAAGCGUGAUCAGGUCAGAAGAGCACAAUGAUGACCAGGAAAUAUCAAGAUCCAACCCUCUGUACCAGACCUCUGAGGGGUCUGAAAGCCGUUCAACCCAGCGAGGAGAUGACAUGUAUGCUGAGGUUCCUCCGGUGACAACUCCUGCUAGGCUGCGAGAUGACACCUACGAGCAGAUCCCUGGUGAGGCAGCUGCUGUUCAAGGCAACACUUAUGAGACGCUGGACGACAUGAAGACCAAGAAGUCAAAGUCCACCUGGAGUAAAAGUAACAUGAAGUGGAAGAAAUUCCUACCUGACUACAAGAAGAAAUAAAUGCAGAAUCUGUUGUGGAGAACCUCCUUAAUAUAAACGAGAUGAACAUUGCUCCUCCAGUUAUUUGUUCUUAUAUGCAGAUGACUGUGUGCUGUGAGUGACAUAGGGAUAGAGAUAAAGUCAAGAUAAGAGGCUUACACAUAGGUAAGAUUAAGAAAAUCAAAGCUACAAAAAACCCUGAGCUGGACAGACGAGGGUUUUUUGGGACUGAACCCAAUCACAAAUGUUUUUAAAUCAGAAAGGAUUGGUUUUGUCUGAGGUUGGGUCCUUGGAUAUGAACAAUGUCUAAUCUGUAACACCUGCUGUUAAAUACUUGGAUUUUAUUGUUGACAAGAAUCUCAGCACUGCUGUCAUGGAUUUGAAUGGGAAAAAGGUUUGAAAUCAUUACGUUAGGUCCUGAUCUUAGCCCUGUUUUAACUCACAUCAUCAGAUCCUUUGAAUCAAACUCAGGGCUGUAACGCACAAAAACAUCCAUAAAUAUUCUUAUUUACUCACAAUUUAUUACAAUUACUUAUUUUCAGCAGAUUAGACCUGUGGUCUCCUUUGUCUCCGACCCUUAUUGUGAAGCACUUUGUGGUUUUUAUCCUGUGUAGAGUGCUCUUUAAAUCAAUAAAGUAAAGACCAACUGACAAUGAGGCGG